UAAGUUUCGAAAGUGACAACGUCUGUUUCAUUGUAUGUGACGAUUCAUAUACACCAGUAUGCACGCGACAGUUUUAGAUGCUGAGUCACCAUGCAAACGGAACGGCAUUCGGACAUAUCGAUUAAUCUGUCGACGUUCUUUUUGAAGAAUAUUGGCCUAUGGAUAGCCGUGGAUUCGGCGGAAAAACGUUGGAUGAAACUGAUGCUCGUCUUCACAACAUGGAAUUCGAUGUUCGGCUCAGUCAUCAUUCUCAGAGACUUGUAUUUCACUUUAUUGUACAAAGGCGAUAUUCUUUAUGUCAUUACUAACUUGUUAACCGUGGUAAUGGGUUUACUCAAGAUAUGUAUCAUACUGAUGCAUAAAAGCGAAUUUUUAAAUCUGAUCAUUUACAUGCAACAAAAUUUCUGGAAUGUCGAUUACGAUUUUCGUGAGAAAGAAAUAUUGAAUAAUUGCAAAAGAACUUGUGCCUUUUUCGUCUCCUCUGUCACCAGUAUUGGUAUAUGCGCUAUGAUGUCUUAUGUAAUAACACCGAUUCUUGAAAAUGUUGGAAAAAAUCAAUCCGAAAGAAUAUUUCUGUUCAAUGUGUGGAUAAAUUUACCAUUGUACCUAUCUCCUUACUAUGAGAUAUUGUUUGUUAUCCAGGUAAUAUGUCUGUAUUACGUAGCCGUUUGCUAUUUUUGCUUCGACAAUAUUUUCUGCAUCCUGGUUGUACAUUUGGCUGGCCAGUUUCGCAUACUUCGAUACAGGUUUACAAAAUUGUGUAACCUGGAACAUGAGACAAGCGAGGUGACGUUAAUAAAGCACGCGUACGAAUUUUAUGAGAAACUGAAAAUGUACAUUCGACAUCAUCAGCUAUUGAUCAACUAUUGCAAGAAGCUUGAAACCGUGUACACGAUGAUUAUAUUUGGCCAGGUGUUGGUGUUUAGCGUGUUAAUUUGCCUGUUUGCUUAUCAGGGGCUCUUGGCUGCUGCUCCUAUAGCGAGACGCGCCAUCUUCAUAUUUCUUUUAAUCGGCUCAAUGGCUUUAUUGUUUAUGUUCACCUAUGGUUGCGACGGCGUGAUAGAACACAGCGACGAAAUUGCUUUAGGAGCAUAUUCGGCUUUGUGGACGAUCAUGCCAAUGAACAAAUCUGGACGAAUGCUCCGAAACGAUUUAAUACUGGUGAUUGAACGAUCAAGACGUGUUUGUUGUCUAACCGCAAACGGAUUUUUCCCCAUAUCGUUGGAAACUUACACUACGAUUCUGUCUACCGCAAUGUCGUAUUUCACGUUGUUAAGGAAUCGUUUGGAAAAUACUGACGACUAAUAUAAUGUCCCAUCAGAGAAAUAUUCGAAGAAAAUUACAUGCGGUUGUAUUCAA